AUGGAGGGCGCGGCAGUGGCGGCGGCUGGAGGAGGCGCCACGCCUUCGUCGUUGCCUUGCAAUAUUGCUCUCACCGCCGGCUUGGCCGUGCUGGCAGCUGCCUGGCUUUUGGCGUCGAUCAGACGGAGGAACACGAACGCCAUUGCCGGCGGUCGCGGGGCAGGAGGGAGGCUGCCGCCGGGGUCGAGGGGCCUCCCGUUUCUCGGCGAGACGCUCCAGUUCUUCGCCCAGAGCCCUUCCCUCGAGCUGCACGGCUUCUUCAAGCGCCGUAUGGAUAGGUACGGUCCAGUUUUCAGGACCAACAUCGUUGGGGAAGACUUGAUCGUCUCCCUUGAUCCAGAGGUGAACAACUUCGUGUUUCAACAAGAGGGGAGGCUGUUUCAGUUGUGGUACCCAUAUUCGGUCAUGAGGAUCUUUGGUAUCCCCACCAUUGCCACAACGCUGGGGCCAUUGCACAGGCUCAUGAGGAGCUUGGUCCUCCGGUUCUUGGGCCCUGAAGCCCUUCGGCAAUCCGUGCUUCAUGAGGUGCAGAAGACUGCUGAGGCAGCCCUGCUCUCGUGGCUUGAUCAGCCGAGCAUCGAGUGCAAGGAGGCACUGUCAAGCAUGAUAUUCAGCGUUACAGCCAAGAAGAUAAUCAGCUAUGACUCCGAGACCUCAGAUGGAAUGAUGUGGAAACACUACGAUACUUUCUUUGGGAACCUAAUAACAUUUCCACUAUGCAUUCCUGGCACUGCAUUUCACAAAUGUAUGCAGGGGCGAAAGAAUGUCAUGAAGAUGCUGAAAGAAUUGUUCGACGAGAGGAGGGGGAAAACAGCACGGCGCCCGGCGGAAAGCAUCGACUUCAUCGAUGUGCUGCUCGAAGAGCUGAAGCAGGAGAAGCCCGCAUUGAGUGAGAGUACCGCGUUGGAACUGAUCUUCUUGCUACUAUUUGCCAGCUUCGAGACCAUUGCGUCCGCGACAACUGCAGUGCUCACUUUUCUGACGGAUAAUCCGGAGGCCUUGCAGGAACUGACAGAAGAGCACGAUUAUAUUCAGAAAAGAAGGGCCGAUCGGAGCUCUAAAAUCACAUGGGAGGAAUACAAAUCUAUGAAGUUCACAUCUCAUGUCAUACAUGAAGCUUUAAGGCUGGCUAACGUUGCUCCAGGGAUGUUUAGAACAGCCACAGAGGAUGUUCAUAUAAAAGGUUUUGCUAUUCCGAAAGGAUCAAAAAUUAUGGUUUGCUCAGCCUCUGUUCACCUAAACCCUGCCGUUUAUAAGGACCCCAAUAUAUUCAAUCCUUGGAGAUGGAAGGAUACUGCUGAACCAGCUGGUGGUGGCUCCAAGGAUUUCAUGGCCUUUGGAGGGGGUGUGCGCUUAUGCGUUGGCUCAGAUUUCGCCAAACUGCAUAUGGCGGUCUUUCUCCACUGCUUAGUCACAAAGUACAGAUGGAAAGCGAUCAAGGGAGGAAAAAUGACGCUUUCUCCAGGACUACGAUUCCCUGAAGGCUUUCGUAUCCAACUUCUCCCAAAAGCUUAA